AUGCAACGGAGGUCCGGCUGUAUCCUUCGGGCUGAAAUGAAUUCUCGACGGCCGAUGCCUGAACGUUCUAUGGAGAUUGAGAAAAAUAAAUGCGUGAUUUGCGGAGCGUACCAUGUCUGUUACCCAACCCCCGUUGCCACCGCCCGGAAAUUGCUCGACCAUCUACGGACCCAUUUAGCGGCCCAGCCAUUUUCUUGUACAGAAUGCCCCUACACGGCCAAGACGGCGACGGUUGUUGCCGCACAUACUGGCAGGAAACAUCAUCAGCGUUCCGAGCUUUGCGUCGACAAUACGACACCAGAACUUCUUGAAAGCUUAAAAGGAAUAGCCGGAAAGGCUUAUCCGCUUCAAGUAAAAGAUCUGAUAUCAUAUAUCGAUGAGCUCAUCAAAUCAAAGAAACAGCUUUUUGUCAACCCGUUCGCCGAUUUCCUCCAGCCACAAGAAGACGAGGUCAAAGCGCCAAUUGUGAGCCCAGAGCCACAAGCAAGUCGAAAAGGAGGGCCCGUCAAGUUAUCUAGAAAACGGCCGUCAUCAGAUGACGGAGAAAACACAGCACCCCCAAUCCAACGCCGCAAAGCAAAACGG